CCUGAUACAUACUGCAUCACACUCUUUGGAAGAAGCGGGAACUUCCAAUUCGCAUCCAAGCCGCCGAGCGGCAUCGGCAACGUCAACAACACCGAAGACGUCCUGCCUUUGAUCGAUCCGCCAUCAUGACAAAGUUAUCCACGCUUGUCGCGGCCAGCGGCUGGCUCCUAUCAUCGGGUCUGGGAAGUGUCACAGCCGAGAUAUAUACGCCAAAGCACGAAGCUGGACGAUGCGCCAUCAGAGGCCACUGCGGAUCCAAGAGUCUCUUUGGAAGCCAGUUGCCCUGUGUUGACAAUGGCUUGGCUGAAGAACCAGACGACUAUCUCCGUCAACAGCUGGUUGAUCUUUGUGGCCCUAAAUGGAAUACAGGGCCAGUGUGCUGUCUGCCUGAACAGGUUGACUCUCUAAAGUCCUCCCUGUCGACGGCGAACCAAAUAAUAUCGUCUUGCCCGGCAUGCAAAGACAACUUCUUCAACAUGUUUUGCACAUUUACAUGCUCUCCCGACCAGUCGCUGUUCAUCAAUGUCACCAAGACGAUUGAAAAGAAGGGAAAGACACUAGUGACCGAGUUGGACCAGUUGGUUUCCGACGAGUAUGGAACCGGCUUCUACAACAGCUGCAAGGACGUCAAGUUUGGCCCUACAAACUCGCGAGCCAUGGACCUGAUAGGCGGAGGUGCCAAGAACUACACCCAGUUGCUCAAGUUCCUCGGUCAGGAACGCUUUGGCGGCUCGCCUUUCCAGAUCAACUUCCCCGUCGAAUACUCUGAACCCGACACGAAGCCGCUGCCCAUGAAGCCCAAGAACUGCAACGACGAGGACCCGAACUUCCGUUGUGCCUGUGUCGACUGCCCCGAGAUCUGCCCCACGCUCCCGGAGGUCGAAAAGGCUGGUUCUUGCCAUGUGGGCGCCCUGCCGUGCCUGUCAUUUGCUUCCAUCUUGACUUACAGCGUCAUCUUGUUCACGUCUAUUGCUGCUGUAGUCGGCCACAUUGCCUGGAAGAGACACGCUAAGCGCAGGAGUGAGCGGCUCCGACUUCUCACCGAUGCGGCGCCCAGCGACGAUGAGGACGAGGGAGACUUGACCCAGAAUGGGGCCAUGAUUGACCGCCCCCAAAAGACCUACAUCAUCAACACAUGGUGUGAUUCUGCUUUCAGCAAGUUGGGAUAUCUUGCGGCUACGUUCCCGGCCAUCACCAUUGUUACCAGCAUUCUGAUUGCUAGCAUCCUCAGUAUUGGCUGGUUCCACUUCGAGCUUGAGAAGAACCCGGCUCGUUUGUGGGUAAGCCCAACUUCGCCGGCGGCCGAGGAGAAAGCCUUCUUUGACUCUCAUUUUGGCGCUUUUUACCGCGCUGAGAAGGUUUUCCUGGUAAACGAUACCAACCCCUCCGGCCCUGGACCCGUCUUGAGCCAUGAUACUCUCCUCUGGUGGAUGGAUGUCGAGAAGAGCGUUGCGGCGCUCAAGGGUGCCAAUUAUGGAAGCAGUUUCCAGGACCUAUGCCUUAAGCCUACUGGAGAUGCCUGCGUCGUUCAGUCAGUCGCUGCUUACUUCCAAGAUGAUCCCGACUCUGUUGACCCAGAGGGCUGGAAGAGUACUUUGAGGACUUGUGCCGCGUCCCCGGUCGAGUGCCGCCCUGCUUAUGGACAGCCUCUUGAUCCUAGCAUGAUUCUUGGCGGAUACCCUGAGGAUGGUGAUGUUGCGGAAGCUUCUGCUAUGACCGUUACCUGGGUGUUGAUCAACCCUCCUGAGGACUCUCCCGAAGUUGACCGUGCUAUGGACUGGGAGGUGGCGCUGAAGAACCGACUACUGGAGCUGCAAGACGAGGCCAAAGAGCGCGGUCUCCGCCUUUCCUUCUCCACCGAAAUCAGUCUUGAGGAAGAACUCAACAAGUCCACCAACACCGAUGCCAAGAUCAUUGUCAUCAGCUACAUCAUCAUGUUCUUGUACGCUUCGCUCGCUCUUGGUUCCACUACCUUGUCCUUCAAGGACUUGCUUCGCAACCCGGCCGUCUCGCUCGUUGAAUCCAAGUUUACACUUGGUGUCGUGGGCAUCGUCAUCGUUCUUAUGUCCAUCACUGCUUCGAUUGGUCUCUUCUCCUGGGCUGGUCUGCGGGCUACCUUGAUCAUCGUCGAUGUCAUCCCGUUCAUCGUCCUUGCCGUUGGCGUGGACAACAUCUUCCUGAUCGUUCACGAGUUUGAGCGUGUCAACAUUAGCCACCCUGAUGAUAUGGUUGAGGCACGGAUUUCCAGGGCCUUGGGCCGGAUGGGUCCUUCGAUUCUCUUCUCAGCCUUGACCGAGACGGCAUCCUUUGCGCUCGGUGCCUUUGUCGGCAUGCCGGCCGUGAGGAACUUCGCCAUCUAUGCCGCUGGAGCUGUCUUUAUCAACGCAAUUCUUCAGGUGACCAUGUUUGUCUCGGUUCUGACGCUGAACCAGAUCCGUGUUGAAGAUUCUCGUGCGGACUGCUUCCCUUGCAUUCAAAUCAAGUCGGCUAGAGUCCAUCUGGCCAACAAUGGUGCGGGUCAGGCCCCGGUCUACCUCGAGGCUCCUGAGGAGAGUUAUCUUCAGCAGUUCAUUCGCAAGACCUACGCUCCUCGGCUGUUGGGAAAGAAGACGAAGGCUGUCAUUGUCAUGAUCUUCCUGGGCGUGUUCGCUGCUGGUGUCGCUUUGAUUCCCGAGGUUAAACUGGGUCUGGACCAGCGAGUUGCCAUUCCGGAUGAUUCGUACCUGAUCCCUUACUUCAACGACCUUUACGAGUACCUCAAUACUGGUCCGCCGAUCUAUUUCGUCACCAGGGAAUUCAACGCUACUGAUCGGACGCAGCAACAGAAGGUCUGCGCCCGUUAUACCACCUGUGAGCAGAUGUCGCUUCCGAACAUUCUGGAACAGGAGAGGAAGCGGACUGAGGUCUCUUACAUCUCGACGCCCACUGCCAGCUGGAUUGACGAUUUCUUCCAGUGGCUCAACCCUGAGAAUGAGAGGUGCUGCAUGGAGCGUCGGAGACCCUGCUUUGCGAACCGCACCCCGGCGUGGAAUAUCACUCUUUCUGGCAUGCCCGAGGGUGACGAGUUCGUCUACUACUUGAAGAAGUUUCUUACUGCGCCAACAAGCGAAGAUUGUCCCUUGGGCGGACAGGCUUCGUAUGGCUCUGCUGUUUUGGUCGACUCGGAAAGGGACACCAUUCCGGCCAGUCACUUCCGCACAAGCCACAUCCCCCUCCGCAGCCAAGAGGACUUUAUCAACGCUUACGCCUCUGCCCGGCGUAUCGCCAACGAGAUCAGCGCCGAGACAGGACUGGACGUCUUCCCCUACAGCGUCUUCUAUGUCUUCUUCGACCAGUACGCCACCAUCGUCUCGCUCACCGGCGCCCUCCUCGGCUCCGCCGUCGGCAUCAUCUUCAUCGUCGCCUCCGUCCUGCUUGGUUCCCUGAUCACCGCAGCGGUGGUAACCCUAACCGUCGUCAUGGCCAUCGUCGACAUCAUUGGCGCCAUGGCCGUCAUGGGCGUCUCCCUCAACGCCGUCUCGCUCGUCAACCUCAUCAUCUGCGUCGGCAUCGCCGUCGAGUUCUGCGCCCACAUUGCCCGCGCCUUCAUGUUCCCCUCUCGCACAUUCAUGGAGCGCGCCAAGAACCGCUUCCGAGGCCGCGAUGCUCGUGCAUGGACUGCCCUCUGCAAUGUCGGCGGCAGUGUGUUCUCAGGCAUCACGGUCACCAAGCUGCUCGGCGUCUUUGUGCUCGGUUUUACCCGCAGCAAGAUCUUUGAGAUUUAUUAUUUCAGAAUCUGGGUCGCUUUGGUCCUCUUUGCUGCUACGCACGCGCUUGUUUUCCUGCCUGUGGCGCUGUCGCUGGUCGGAGGCGAGGGGUAUGUUGAUCCUGAGAGCGAUGGUGGGUUGGAAGAGGAUUUGGCGAGUAGACGGUAUAGGGCUUUGGUGCCGGAUGCUGAUUCGGAUUCGGAGGAUGAGGAAUAUUAGAGUGAUCCUACCAGA